AGUGGCGAAUCUGCGCUCACAUGAGCUAAAAAAAAAAACAAGAUGGCGGCCUCCGGUGGUAAACAGUAUGGGCUCAUUAUACCACAGAAGAGUGCUUCAAAAUCAGCCCCCCUCUCACGACCUUCUAUUUUCGGAGAUGACUCUGACGAUGAAACGUCUGUUGGUGAGAGUUUGCAAAAGGAGGCAAUCAAAAAAAAGAUGAUGAAGCAGACACGACUCGAGAUGCAGAAGGCUCUGGAAGAGGACAGCAGUGUUUAUGAGUAUGACAACGUGUACGAUGACAUCCAGAAGCAAAGACUGGAGAGCAGUAAGAAGCUGCUGGGAGGCACUGACAGAAAGCCCAAGUACAUAAACCAGCUAAUGCGUGCUGUAGAAGAAAGGAAGAAGGAGCAAGAGCGGCGCGAUGACAGAAAGAUCCAGAAGGAGAGAGAGGCAGAGGGGGAAAAGUUUGCUGAUAAAGAAGCAUAUGUAACCUCAGCCUACAGGCAGAAGCUCAAAGAGCGCCAGGAAGAGCUAGAGAGAGAGAGGAGAACAGCAGAGCUAGAGGCUGCCUUGGAUGUGAAGAAGCAGAAGGAUUUGAGCGGAUUUUACCGACACCUUCUGAAUCAAACAGUAGGAGAAGAGCCUCUUCCUGAUCGUAGCGCUGACAGGCGAGAUAAAUCAAAGUCCCCGGUUAAAACCUCGCCAUCCCGAGCAAACGACAGUGAGGCAGAAUCUAACGAGGAGCAGAGUUCUUCUAAAGCAGAGUUCAGUAAAAGCAGCACCAACAGCAGCCACUCCAAACGGCAGUACCGCCAGCGGUCUCCUUCCUCCGGCAGUGAAGACGAAAGAAAGAAGGAGAAGAAACGAGAGAAAGAGAAACGCAGUCACAGAGAGAGAGAGAGAGCCCGCUCGAGGGACAGAGAAAGAGAAGACAAGCACGGCCACCAGAAAGAGGACAGGGACGGACCCCGGAAAGAAAACCGCGACCACGUGAGGGAGAAGGAUCGACACCGGGAGAGGGACGGAGACAGAGGGCGAGAAAGAAGGGAUAGAGAUAAAGACAGAGAAACAGAAGACAAACAUGGCAAGAAGAACAGAGCAGACGGUGAGCAGGACAGACACAGAGAUAGAGAAUACCACAGAAACGAUGACAAAAAGGAACGAGAGAAGAAGGCGCAAGGAGACAGGAAAGAGAAAGAGAAAGACUCGCAGGUUCAGCAAGACAAGGACACACAGGCUGAAAAUGGUGCUCAAGCCAAAGCAGCUCAAGAGCCCAGCAAAUUUGCGAAACGCAGCAGUGAACAGACUGUGAGCUCGGCCAGAGAGAGAUAUCUGGCCCGACAGAUGGCUCGCUCGGCUGUGAAGACCUACGUCGAAAAAGAAGAUGAAUAACGGGUAUACGCUAAGCAGGGACUUCACUUAGAGAUAUUUGGAUGUUAGUAGAGGACGACUGAAAAAAGACGAACAUAUCAAAACACAAUUGCUAAAACGUUCUUGUAAAGAUCACGUUUACACGAUUUUCCAGAUAUAAUAAAUCAGCUAAGACAUGUUUCUUCGCUUUUUUUUUUUUAGGGCUAAUAUAGCUCACAAGUAACAGAUGUCUCUUACUCAAACUUUUCUAUAAAUACAUACCAGUCUUUAUGUUAACUGCUAUAAAUGACAUCAUUAGGAUCACUCAUUUGUAAAUAUGUUUUCUUGUAAAAUAGCAGAUAAAGACUGAUGACAAAUUUAAGUUUGAAGUGAAAUUAUAUUACAUGAAGUUAGUUCUUGUGUGAUUUCUGAGCUCAUGGCAGAAUUUAUCCAAAUUAGAAGAAACUGAAUCUAGCUCACUUUAAUAUUCAUGUUUAUUUAUCCACUGGAGUGUUCAGAUUUAAAGUUAAAAUAAAUCAUUCUGCAUCCCAAAACUGUUACUAUUCAUCUCUGGAGCAAUAAAGUUUCUAUCCAAAUCA